GAGUCGUGAUUGUUCUCUAUUUUAUUCGCGCCUCAUCCCAAUUUAGUACACAAACGUAGUGCAAGCGAAGAAGAUGUUUGAAUUCAGUGGCGUAACGAGCUUUCUAUUAUUUACCCUGGUGAUUACGGUCAUUGUGCGCGUGUUUUAUUCGUUAGUGGUUAAAAAUUGGAAUUACUUUUCGGAGCGCAAUGUUGAGUUCAAGAGAGGCCUACCGUUACUGGGAACAAUGUAUCCGACAAUGUUGGGAAAAGAAUCAAUGGCCAUUUCAUCGCUAAAUCUCUACCAAAAAUAUUCGGACCGAAAGUUUGUUGGAAUGUAUGAAAUUGGCGGCACACCAUCGUUCAUGGUUAUUGAUCCGGAUCUUAUACGCGAUAUUACCAUCAAAGACUUUGACUAUUUUGUCAAUCACUAUUUUCAAUUGGAUAAGAAACUGGACCCACUGUUGGGACGAACAUUGUUCAGCAUGUCAAAUCAGUCGUGGCGUGAUAUGCGAACCACAAUGAGUCCACUAUUCACUGGGAGCAAAAUGCGACACAUGCUAACGCUGAUGAUUGAAAAAGUUCGAGAUUUCAAUGCAUACAUUCGGGAUGACAUUACGUCAAAGACAAGAACAAACGGUCGAGAAUAUAAUACGAUGGAUUUGAUGAUGCGUCUGACAAAUGAUAUCAUUUCAUCGUGUGCAUUUGGACUCGAUACAAACACGCUCAAAGAGCCCGAAAAUGAAUUCUAUAAAAUGGGAAAGGAAAUUGCGUAUGCAAUCAUGGGCGUGAAAGCAUUGUUUUUGCUGGCUUUUCCAAAAGUGGCCACAUGGCUUGGUCUUAAAAUUUUGAACGAUCAACAUGACAAUUUUUUCCGCACCGUUAUACAUAAUACAAUCGAAGAGCGGCAGAAGAAGAACAUUGUUCGCAAUGACAUGUUGAACUUGCUGCUGUUGGCAAAGGAGGGCAAAUUACAUGAUCAAAAUGAUAACGAAAGCGAUCAAGAUACCGGAUUUGCAACGAUUUCGGAAAUGAUUACCGCAAAAACCACGCAAAAAUUGAAGAACUGGACCGAUGAUGAUUUGGUGGCGCAGUGCGUCAUAUUUUUCUUAGCUGGAUUCACUGGGGUGUCAACUACAUUCUGCUUUUUGUGCUACGAGCUAUCAUUGAAUCCUGACAUUCAAGGAAGACUCUAUGACGAAAUUACUGAGACGAACGAACAACUCAAUGGCAAACCGUUAACUUUCGAAGCAUUACAACGAAUGAAAUAUCUAGAUAUGGUGGUUUCCGAAGUGCUUCGCAAAUGGCCAGUCGGAACAAUGAUGGACAGAGCAGUUAGUAAACAGUAUUUAAUGGAAGACAAUGACGGAACAAAAGUUUUGCUGCAGCCAAACAAUGUGCUUUGGAUUCCCGUAUUUGGAAUCCAACGAAAUCCAAAAUUUUAUCCAGACCCAGAAACAUUUGAUCCAAAUCGCUUCAAUGACGACAAUAAAAAGAACAUUCAUCCGAGUACUUAUUUACCAUUCGGAAGUGGGCCACGUGCAUGUAUCGCAUCACGAUUCGCAUUGUUGCAAUUGAAGACGGUCAUUUACCACAUUCUAUUGGACUUCAAAAUCGAACCAUCGUCGAAAACUCCGAUACCCUUGAUUCUUAAAGGUGGAACCAAUGCCCUUGAUCCAGUUGGUGGAUUCUUCAAUCAACUCACACUUAGGAAUUGAAAUGAAUUUUAAACAUUUUGAAUGAUUGCAAAUAAACCUGGUAAAAACAUUACCGCCUAUGUGAUCUUUGUUCAAUUAACUUA